AAUGUUUCCCAUUUGUCAUUAUAGCCUUACCCAUAUUCGUGGUUUUGAUUUUGUUUUUUUUAAGCAAUGAAUUCGAGCCAAACAUUGUGAAUUAUACCUCCAAGGCUCCAGCUACCCAGCCCCAAAAGAACUGUGUUUUGUCUGAAAUUGGCACUAACAUCACCCACCAAGAAGUCUGAAUACCACCCGUACAGUCAUGAGUAGGGGAAAGAAGAAACUCAACUAUGAACAGCAACUGGACAAAGAUGGCAACCUUGGCCCCGCCCUGGUCAUGGUGGGUGAGGAUCUGGAUGAGAUUCCGACCAUCGAUAACAACCAGAGCCGGCGAGUGAUCGGUGUCAACGUCAGCAACAACAAGAUCAGCGAGCUCUCGGUUCAGCUGAAGGGCUUGAAGAAGCUGGAGUUCCUGAUUCUCUCUGGGAACCUGUUCACGACUCUGCCUCCCAUGAUCGGCCAGCUGGCUAGCCUUCGUUCCCUCAACCUGAGCAACAACCAGUUGUCUACCCUGCCGGAGGAGAUGGAAGAUCUCGAUGAGCUCCAAGAGUUGAUUCUAGACAGCAACAAGUUUGAUGUCAUCCCACCGGUUCUCUUCAAGAUGCCCCGUCUCCGAGAGCUCCACAUGCAGCACAACAACGUCCAAGUCAUCCCGCCGGAAACCACCAAGAUGGUGGGACUCCGGAUCCUGGUGUUGGACUACAACAAAAUCACCACCGUUCCCGCCGAGGUGGGCCAGAUGAAGCUGCAGGAAUUGUGGGUACAGCACAACAAAGUCGAGACGUCCCCCGACGAUCUGAAAAUCAGUAAAUUGAAGCUGCACGACAAUCCAAUAGACCCCAUAGAUCAACCUUAGAUCUAGGCUCGUGAGCCUCGUGUGCAAUUGUGCAUGUAUUCCCUUCGCUGUGCCUUACUAGAAGCAUGGCUUAUACAAAAAUUAUUAAAGUGUACUGUUUUAGUACUAUUUAGGUAUUCAGUAGCGAUUUUCAAUUAUUGAAAUUGUAAUAAUGUUUUUGUAUUAGUGUGGCAAAAUGUUCAGCAACUCAUAAUGUCAACAAAUUUGUGGAACCUAAAGUAUUUUUUGCUCUGUUAUCCAAGCUUUCUUCAGUACUUAAUCUUUAAUGUGAAUGUGGCACUGCAUACUUACUGCUCUAAUUUACAACAAUCAUGCAAGCAUAAACAUCAGAAACGACAAUUUUAAUGAUCAUUGAUUAAUUGUUCUUGGAAUUGUAACCAAAGCAUUGUAAUAAUCGAUACUAAUAAUGACACUGCAAAGAAAAGUUAAGAAUCCAUCUAAAUUAAAAAAAAGACCUUGUUUUUGAUUGAUGUUUAGGGUUAUGGGAUCAGCUCAUACACAUGUACUAAUUCUUAAUAUUGACAGUUUUGACCUAAAAUAAAUGGCAUGGUUGCAGUACUGGCUGCUAUUCGAGCCAUUCAGCCAACCCCGGCAAGCUCAGAGGUCGAGUGGCAAGACAUCUGGACACAAUUUCAUGGCUCUGCUGACCACAGAAUUUGGUGCUUACGAUCACCAUUUUAGAAAAAUUAUGUGCUAACCCUGUCGGCACAGAAUCCUUAGUUACAGGAUGUACGCAUGCGCAGAAGCCAACAUAUCUCGCUAACCCGUGAAAUACGCUUACUGUAAGUACAGAAUUUUGCUGCUACAGUAAGCAGGGAUUUUUCGCUAAUGGUAAGCAGAGCCGUGAAAUUGGGCCCUAGUAAGCAGGAGUUUGUGAAUUAUUUUCUUGUAAUACAUUGGACAACACUGAGUAUGCAGUAUUGUAUAAAAUACAUACAUGUACAUGUACGUUGGUGAGGGGGAAAACCCAAUAUUGAAUAACAAAAAAAGGGGUUGGAAAUUAUUUGAGAAAAUAUACAUUUUUUGGUAAUCUUGCAUAUUUUGAAUUGAAAGGUGUGGAGUUUGAUACGUUUAAACUUUCUCAAUCACACUGUAUGUUUUAAGUAAUCUCUACCUGUCUUCAAGUAUUGCAGAAGCCAGAAAAUGUGAUAUCUUUGGGGGCUUUUAAGCCAAAAUAUAUUGACUGUUUUUGACCAAGUGUUGAAAUGUUAAGUCUGAAAUUCUCAACAGUGUUGGAAAACGUCAUCGCAAAGAACGUGCAUUCGUAAUUAGUAGGUGUUUACUGUUGGUAGCUGUAUUCAAACCCUAAUUCUUGAUGUAAAAAGUAUUAAGUAGGCAAAAUUUUUCGCACUGCUUUGGGUCGACUGGGAAUUCACUUCUAAAGCUUGGUGUGUCGGUGUGUUUUUAAGCAGUGUGUUUUAAGUGUGUUUUGUUUGGCUGAAAACAAAUUUGUUUGUAUAUAUUGUUUUAUGAUAUACGUGUACACAUAACAGCAUUAUGCACCUCUGCAAGCCAACUCUAUGUACCCUUAUUUGGCAAUGCAGACUUGGAACGUUUGUUUUUAGAUUGGAAAGUUUCCUUUCCUUAAAACGUAUUUUAUGGACAUCGCUGCAUUUACGUAGAUUGGAAUAGUGUCAACAUUACAAUGGUGCUGUUGGCACAAAAGCUGUGUCGUAAAGCAGUUUUUUUCAGGCUGAAUGGAAUACCAUAGGUAUAGAUUUGUAGUGUGAAUGUUUGUUAAAGGCUUGGCCCUGGAUUAAACAACUGUACACACAAAGCCUUUAAAAGAGGGCUUGUAAAAAUACCCUGACCCCAAAAUCAUGGAAGGAAUUACUCUUGCGUAAAUUCUGGAGCAAACCUGUAAAACUGACUAGUGUGCAUUUUUGAAAUGCAUAUUAUGUACUUUCGUUUUCACUAAAAAUAAACUCAGGAGCUUAUUUUGUGCUGUGAAAUGUGGUGCUGCAUACAUGUACUGUAUGUUUACAAGAAAUAAUAGUAAACGUGAGCCGGACACAAUAUUAGUUCUGUAUUUGGGAACAAAUGCUUUACUUUGUGGCACAUUGCAGAUGUACAAAGUAGGCCCUUUUCACAGCUUUACAUACCGAGUGCAGUCGUGCAUAUUGCGUUACCGAACCAGUGAACCCAUUUUUUAGGAAGACCGGUUUCCGUUUUAAGUGAACAACAAACAUUUGGCUUAACAUACUUUUUUGGUCUUAAUACUGUUGAAUUGGGUUCAUUGUGAACUAUUAAUAGGUUGGGCCCUGGGAUCAGACUAUGCAAUCCCCUGUGCACAUGCGGCAGUCAAGGAACCAGUCUUGAUGGAAUCAUUUGUACAAGUAGUGUAUGAAAUACAAAGAUAAAAUCUGUUUUGUUGACAAAAAUGAAGUAAUGGGGAAACCUGGGAAUUUUUUUAUUUGCCCCAGGGUUUGGAACUAGGGAUUGGCAGGCACAUCUGCUGGAAAUCAAACCCAUCUGUUGCAGUUUGUAUUCACUCGCGCAUAUGUUAUGAAAUAAUAGAAGUACUACAUAAGCAAUUAUUUGAACAGCGUUAUGCUAAACUGAUAUUAAUGCUUUGAAAAAAAUAAACCUGUCAAACUGGUUGAGAUAUAUUA